CCUUCCAAUAGACCAUCGGGACCAGGAAAACAGUCUUUCGUUGGACUCCUGCGCUCGUGAAUACCUCCGCUUCGUCUUCGGGAGCUGAAGGAUUUUGCAGAACCCUAGAGAUCUGGUCCCUUUUUCAUACUCUUUUAUCGCUUGAUCGGAUCUGUCCGCCAUGGAAGAGAAGAAGUCAGAAUUGGCCAACAGAAACCCUAAGAAAGCCAACCUUUUGGACCAUCACUCCAUCAAGCACAUCCUCGACGAGUCCAUCUCCGAUAUCGUCACGAGCCGUGGGUACAAGGAGGAUGCGAGGUUAAGCAAUGUUAAGCUGCUUUUAGGGACGAUAAUCAUCGUGGUUGCCCUUGUUGCUCAGUUCUACAAGAAGAAGUUCCCCGAGAACAGGGACUUUUUGAUUGGUUGCAUCGUAUUGUAUGUGGUGCUGAACGCUGUGUUGCAGCUGAUUCUGUACACAAAGGAGAAGAAUGCAAUAUUGUUCACCUAUCCUCCCGAGGGAUCAUUCACAAGCACAGGUUUGGUGGUGUCCUCCAAGUUGCCCAGAUUCUCCGACCAGUACACUCUCUCCAUUGCCAGUGCUGAUCCCAAUUCCAUUUCCGCUGGCAAGCCUGUUCACCUCACCAAAACUGUCACCCAAUGGUUCACAAAAGAUGGAGUACUGGUCGAGGGGUUAUUGUGGAAGGACGUGGAGGCACUAAUGGAGGAGUACGCUGGAGAGAAGAAGAAGAAGAAAUGAACUUGUUUGAAAGAGUUAGUAUUAUUUACUUUCAGAUACUAAAAAGUACAAAAAAAAAUUGAAAUGAGGCAGUGACCCUUUGGAGAAUGAUUACAGAUAUACAUUAUUAAAUCCGUUUUAGGAGUGAUUUUUAUUUUGA